ACAAUGGCAGCCAAGUUCAUUCCGCGCCAGGCUUUCCCCAAUCAUGGGGCCAUUCCGAGGUCCUAUUUCCUGGGCCACCAUGCGGCGGGUCUGAAGAAGAUGCAGAACAUGCUGUCUUCGAUCGAUUAUGUAGUCGAGUGUCGUGAUUACAGAGUUCCCGUUACCUCUAUUAAUCCCAUGUUUGAAGAAGCACUCGGGAAGACACGACGAUUAACCGUUUAUACUAAGAGAGACUUGGGUGCGGAAUCCGGGUCAAAAGCGCAGAAACUGGCGGAGAAAACCAUUCGCACCUUCAAUAAAAACGGCGCUUCAUUCUUCGUGAGCUCCUCGUCCCGUUCAGAUAUGGGCACCAUCAUUAAACACUUGCGAGACGAUGCAGAAGGACCAGACAAGCUGGUUGGGUGUCGGGUGAUGAUUGUCGGUAUGCCCAACGUGGGCAAGUCGACGCUGAUCAACCACCUGCGUAAUCAGGGCGUGGGAAGGGGAAAGGCUGUGCGGACCGGAGGCCAGCCUGGUAUCACAAGGAAGAUCGGGUCACCUGUGAAGGUCAUCGAGAGAGAAAAUGGCUCUCAUGUCUACGUGUUAGACACGCCGGGUGUAUUCAUGCCAUAUGUGCCCGACGCGGAGAACAUGCUAAAGCUAGCACUCUGUGGCUGUGUCAAAGAUUCGGUCAUCUCCCCGGUCACAUUGGCCGAUUACUUAUUAUAUCACAUCAACUUGAAUAACGCCGAGGUAUAUAAACGAUGGUCAGAGCCAACGAACGAGAUCGUACCUCUGUUGAACAGCUUCGCCCGAAUCACCGGUCUCUUGAGCAAGGGCGGCAUCCCAAACACUGACCUUGCAGCACUGCACUUUAUCCAGAAAUGGCGUGCCGGUGACUUGGGCAGAUUCAUGCUGGACGACUUGAAGGAGGAGGAACGUCGCCGACAAGACGGCGAAGAGCGAGAGAUACCCCUCAGUCUCACCCAGGCCUUGAAGGCCGAGAAACUGGCCAGAAAGCAACCCAAACAGUGA